GGAGCCACCCGCGUCCCCAACGCGGGGUUCGGAGAGGUCUGAAGUGCGCGCCGCGUGGUUGUGGACACCGCGUGUGUGGAGGGAACUGGGAAACCGCGAGAGAAAGAGGGAAAAGGGAGCGAUGCUGAUCUCGGGAAGAAAAAAGAGCUCUGGCUGAACCACGGAUCACACAGGGUGCCAAGAGUGACUUAGGCUAAAAGCCUAAUCCAUCUAGGAAUGCUGUUGAAUGUGAGCUCCGUGUUUCCCUUGCUACAACUGCUAGUGCUGUGUUGGUGGCCAUAGGGUAAGAAGGCCUUGUGGAUCACAGCAAUUGGUUCCUGAAAGGCCCAAAACGAGUAGCUGCUGAGCUUUCUGCCGCCCCCAACUCCUAAUCCUCUCUUCAGCCACUUAUAGAGCCAGACCUUCGGCCUCUGCCCCCUCCAGGCCGCUCUGCCUCAGAACAGGGCUUGCUUUUCCAGCUCACCCUGGACCAUGUCCCUGGGCAGUGGAGGAUUGUGAGACCGUGGCUGAUAGGCAACUCAGCUGCUCGCCUGCUCCUGCCCAGCCUCGAGGGCGCCCAGACCCCAGGAGCAGCGGCUGGCUGAGGUGAGCACAGACACGGUGAGGAUGAGCUUAGGGGUGAGCACCUCAGCCCCACCCCUCACCACCUUGGACCGGAGCAGCACUGCCCCCAUCUUCUCCACCGUGGACUAUGUGGUGUUCGCCCUGCUGCUGCUGUUUUCCCUGGCCAUUGGGCUCUAUCAUGCUUGUCGCGGCUGGGGCCGCCAUACUGUUGGCCAGCUGCUGAUGGCAGACCGCAAAAUGAGCUGCUUCCCUGUGGCACUGUCCCUGCUGGCCACCUUCCAGUCAGCUGUGGCCAUCUUGGGCGUGCCCUCUGAAAUCUUCCGGUUUGGGACCCAGUAUUGGUUCCUGGGCUGCUGCUACUUUCUGGGGCUGCUGAUUCCUGCUCAUGUCUUCAUCCCUGUCUUCUACCGCCUGCACCUCACCAGCACCUAUGAGUACCUGGAGCUCCGAUUUAAUAAAGUGGUGCGGAUUUGCGGAACUAUGACCUUUAUCUUUCAGAUGGUCAUCUACAUGGGGGUGGUGCUCUAUGCGCCGUCCUUGGCCCUCAAUGCAGUGACGGGCUUUGAUCUGUGGCUCUCAGUGCUGACCCUGGGCAUUGUCUGCACCAUCUACACUGCACUGGGUGGGCUGAAGGCCGUCAUCUGGACAGAUGUGUUCCAGACGCUGGUUAUGUUCCUAGGGCAGGUGGCUGUUAUUAUUGUGGGGUCGGCCAAAGUGGGCGGCAUGGGGCAUGUGUGGGAUGUGGCUUCCCAGCACGGCCUCAUCUCUGGGAUCGACCUGAAUCCAGACCCCUUUGUGCGGCACACCUUCUGGACCUUGGCCUUUGGGGGUGUCUUCAUGAUGCUCUCCUUGUAUGGGGUGAACCAGGCUCAGGUGCAGCGCUACCUCAGUGCCCACACAGAGAAGACUGCUGUGCUUUCCUGCUAUGCAGUGUUUCCCUGCCAGCAGAUAGCGCUCUGUAUAAGCUGCCUCAUUGGCCUGGUCAUGUUCGCCUAUUACCAGGAGUUUCCUCUGAGCAGUCAGCAGGCUCAGGCAGCCCCUGACCAGUUUGUCCUCUACUUUGUGAUGGACCUCCUGAAAGGCCUGCCGGGCCUGCCUGGGCUCUUUGUUGCCUGCCUCUUCAGCGGCUCCCUCAGCACCAUAUCCUCUGCUUUUAACUCACUGGCAACUGUCACAAUGGAAGACCUGAUUCAGCCCUGGUUCCCUGAGUUCUGUGAAACCCGGGCCAUCUUGCUUUCCAGAAGCCUCGCCUUUGGCUAUGGUCUGCUUUGUUUGGGAAUGGCCUAUAUUUCCUCCCAGAUGGGACCCUUGCUGCAGGCAGCAAUCAGUAUCUUCGGCAUGGUUGGGGGCCCGCUGCUUGGACUCUUCUGCCUUGGGAUGUUCUUUCCUUGUGCCAACCCUCCUGGUGCCAUCGUGGGCCUGGUGGUUGGACUCAUCAUGGCCUUCUGGAUUGGCAUUGGGAGCAUAGUGACCAGCAUGGGCUCUGGCAAGGCACCUUCUUCCCUUAACGUGUCCAGCUUCUCCCUGCCCAGCAAUCUGACCAUCACAACUGUGACCACCCUGAUGCCCUUGACCACCCUCUCCAGGCCCACAGGGCUGCAGCGGUUCUAUUCCCUGUCUUAUUUAUGGUACAGCGCACACAACUCCACUACCGUCAUUGUGGUGGGCCUGAUCGUCAGUCUGCUCACUGGGGGCAUGCGGGGCCGGACCCUGAACCCUAAGACCAUUUACCCUGUGCUGCCAAGACUCCUCGCCCUCCUGCCCUUGUCCUGUCAGAAGCGGCUUUGCUGCAGAAGCCACAGCCAGGACGUCUCCGUGGACACCAGCCUGUUUCCGGAGAAGCUGAGGAAUGGGGAGCUGCAGGACAGUGGAGACAAGUGGGCGAUGGCUGCAGAUGGGCCAAGCCAGGAGGGGCUCAGUCCCACCUUCGUCCUCCAAGAGACCUCACUGUGACGGGGGAUACGGCCUCUGUCCUCACUGCCAGGCAGCAGCCAGAGGCCACUCUAGUAUGGGGAUGAGUCCUGCGAUACAUUGUAUGGGUUGGGUGUGAUGACCAGCCCACAGUACAGCACUUUUCUCUUGCACCUUGCUCUUAAACGUUCUUGCCUGCAUUAGAAGCUAUUGCAUCUUGGGCCUGUGCCCCUUGCUAGUCUGUUCUCUAGAGGACCAGGCUUGCAGGCAGAAGAUUGUGCCAGAAAUGGGGAUAGAAGCAAAUCAUCUGAGAAAAGGAUAAUGGCUUCUGAGUCAACAUGGCCAGGGCCCUUUGAUGUGAUUAUAGCUGUCCUUGGGGCCAGUUUGGCAAGACAGACCAGCUCCAGCAUACAGAAUGGAGCUGCCUUGACCAGUUAUUGCUUCCCUUCUCAUCCCAUCCUGGCACCUUCUCUGUCAGCCACAGUGGCCCUGUGAUACUUUCUAGUUGCCUAUGACACCCAGUUCUCUCAUUUUUUUGUCUACCUCUGUUCUUGAGAGGGAGGGUUUGGUGUCCCUGGGCCUCUCAGAAUAGGCUAGUACAGGCCGGGGAUUUAGCUCAGUGGUUCCACUGCCUGCCUCGCAAGUGCAAGGACCCGAGUUCAAUCCCCAGUACCCAAAAAAAAAAAAAAGAAUAGGCAAGUACAUUUAUCUACUGGAGCAGGCAAGUUCUCCAUGUCACUGACUCCCUUCUCCAUUGCUAAGAUGGCCACCUGGGGACAGGGCCGUGACCAGGUCCUCCGGAGUGUGCUGACCUCCUAGCUCCUGAGCCAAGCCAUCCUGGUGUCAUUCUGUCAUCCAUGCUCCUAUUUCCUUUGGAGUCUCUUCCUUACAUAUCGUUGUUCCUGAGGAAUAAAAACAGCCGCUGGCUCUAGAGCCAGGCCUCCUAA